CUCUAUCAAUCACAUCUUAUCGCAGGGCGAAAAACGGUCACAGCUGCAACCCUACCCACACCACACAGAACCGAACACUGGUCCCGUUUUGGAGUGGAAAGUCAGAGAGUAUCGCCAAAUCUACGAGCAAGUGAAGCACCCCCCGCGACAACCCGACCUCCGCCCCCCGUCCCUCCCUCCGGCAGAUCCACCCUUCGUCAAACCCAAAAAUCAGCCACCCAUCAUGUCGCCCAACAACCUGCCCGCCAUCUUCAAUGCGACCAAGGAGGACAUGGAGAUGCUCCUGAGCGCUCAGUGCCACAUGGGAUCCAAGAACUUGCAGGUGCACAUGGACCCUUACCUCUACAAGACCAGGCCCGAUGGUAUCAACAUCAUCAACAUUGGCAAGACCUGGGAGAAGAUUGUGUUGGCCGCCCGUGUCAUUGCUACCAUUGACAACCCCGCCGAUGUCUGCGCCGUCUCUGCUCGUCCUUACGGACAGCGUGCCGUCCUGAAGUACGCCGCCCACACUGGUGCCACCGCCAUUGCCGGUCGUUUCACCCCCGGUAACUUCACCAACUACAUCACUCGUUCGUUCCGCGAGCCCCGUUUGAUCAUCGUCACCGACCCGCGUAACGAUGCCCAGGCCAUCAAGGAGGCCUCGUACGUCAACAUCCCGGUUAUUGCUCUUUGCGAUACCGACUCGCCCACCGAGUUUGUCGACAUCGCGAUCCCAACCAACAACAAGGCUCGUCACUCGAUCGGUCUGAUCUGGUGGAUGUUGGCUCGUGAGGUCCUCCGUCUUCGCGGAACCAUCGCCUCAAGAGAAGACCGCUGGGAUGUCAUGGUCGACCUCUACUUCUACCGCGACCCUGAGGCCGAGGACCAGAAGCCCAUCGAGGAGGCGGACAAGACCGUCCCUGUUGAGGAGGUUGCUGCUGAGGGUGGCUUCAACGCUACUAUCACCAGCGGAGACUGGGAGGUUGCUGGUGGCCCCGCUGCAUUCGCCGCGCCUGAGGCUACUGGUGCCACCACCAGCUGGGAUGCUGAGCCCGCCGCUGAGUGGGGUGCUGAGCCCACUGCGCCGGAAGCUACCGCCGGUUGGUAAAAAAAACGGAUGGGGCAAAUGGAGAAACGUGGGGUUCCUUUUUUUUUCGGUGGCGUUCCGCAUUUUAAUUAAAAACAACUCCGCGAAGAUGAGAGUCAUCGUUGGCAUCUUGUAGACCGUGAUGUGAGGUUGUUUUUGUCUGCAGUUGACCUGUAUAUGAGCUGAAUCAAUGCUUCGCCAAAAUGCGCUCCAUCCAAUCCCAC